AUGGCGUUCCGUUGUCUGGACGAAGGAUCUGAACGUCAUGAGGACUGUCAUGAGUUCCAGGACUACUACCGACAGCCAUUGUUACCUGACACCCCCGUAGAACUUCAGAAGGAGGUUCGGUUACCGCAGAUGUUGGAACCUCCCACGAAUCUGACACCGCUACACGAAAGGCUUUUGGCUUCAGCCGAAUACGUCCAUUGUGACGAAGCCUUCUCCGAAACCGACAAGCCUCUGCAUCCGAGACUUAGUGCUGUGCAAUGUGCCCUGGAGCAGAAGCAGCUCUGGGAUGAAUUCCACCGACUGGGGACUGAAAUGAUCGUGACCAAGGCAGGCAGGAGGAUGUUCCCGACGUUUCAAGUGAGACUGUUCGGUCUCGACUCGUCAGCUGACUAUAUGUUGCUCAUGGACUUCACCCCGGUCGAUGACAAGAGAUACCGAUACGCAUUUCACAAUUCGUCAUGGGUGGUUGCGGGCAGAGCUGAUCCACAUAUGCCACCUCGGAUGCACGUUCACCCGGACUCGCCGGCCAAGGGUGCUCAAUGGACGAAACAGUUGGUCUCCUUCGAUCGCUUGAAACUUACCAACAACCAGUUGGAUGACAAUGGACACAUUAUCCUCAAUUCAAUGCAUCGAUAUCAGCCCCGCUUCCACGUCGUUUACGUGGCUCCGUCCGACGAGAACACUUCGGGAACGACGAACUUCAAAACAUUCACCUUCGAAGAAACUCGUUUCAUAGCGGUGACGGCAUACCAAAACCACCGGAUUACGCAAUUGAAAAUCGCCAGCAACCCGUUCGCGAAAGGAUUCAGAGAUAGCGAUGCCUCGACUUCGGAUUAUUGGCCGUCUUCCACCACGGAAAGAGUGCAAACAUUUUAGUUAUAUUGUUUGCCCUUCCCGAAAGAUGUAAUUCUAAAUUGGGGGAAGCGUCAGCAUUGAUUCCACACUCGCGACGGCACUAUACUCCCCCUACGACUAAUUUAUUCAGACGAUCCGGAGAUACUU